AUGAGUUUAUUUAUUGGUUCAAUUGACCAAGGCACUACCUCUUCACGUUUCUUGAUUUUUGAUGACAAAGGCGGACUUGUAUCCUACCACCAAGAAGAAUAUCCUCAACAUUAUCCCAAACCUGGUUGGGUAGAACAUGAUCCAAAUGACAUUCUUGAUUCGGUUUGCAUAUGUGUAAGUCAAACAAUCAGAAAAUUUGAGGAAUUAGGUCAUUCAGUCAAGGAUAUCAAAGCCAUCGGCAUUACUAGUCAACGCGAGACUACCUUGGUUUGGGACCGUCUUACCGGGAAAGCACUAUACAAUGCCAUUGUAUGGUGCGACACACGAACCCAUGAUUUAGUUCAUCAAUUAAAUAAGAUUAGUCCGCUGGGCGCUGAUGUCUUAAAAGAAACAUGCGGUCUCCCAAUUACCACAUAUUUUUCCGCUCUGAAACUUAAAUGGAUGCUGGACAAUGUACCAGCUGUUAAAGAAGCUUAUGAUAAAGAUAAUUUAUUGUUUGGAACUGUUGAUUCAUGGCUUAUUUGGAAUCUAACAGGUGGUAUUGAAAGCGGAUUACAUCUUACUGAUGUAACAAAUGCUUCGCGUACAAUGUUUAUGGAUAUCAAAACGCUACAGUGGAGCGAUAAAACUCUCGAAUUUUUUGGAAUAAAACGAUCAGUUCUCCCGAAAAUCGUUUCUUCCGCUGAAAUAUAUGGAAAAAUUGCAGGCGAUUAUCCUUUAAAAGGAAUCCCAAUAGCCGGGAAUUUAGGCGAUCAACAAGCAGCUCUUGUUGGCCAGAAAUGCUUUAAACGCGGCGAAGCCAAAAAUACAUAUGGGACUGGAUGCUUCAUGCUUUUCAACACAGGUCACGUGCCGGUAAUUACUAAAUGUGGAUUAUUGACUACUGUUGGCUACAAAUUUGGAAACCAAGAAACUGUGUACGCAUUAGAAGGCUCGAUUGCUGUUGCCGGCGCUGCUGUAAAGUGGGUUCGCGACAAUCUAGGCAUUAUUAAUGAAACCCCCGAAAUUAAUGAUUUAGCAGUCCAAGUCGAAGACAGUGGCGAUGUAUACUUUGUAACUGCAUUUUCCGGAUUAUUUGCUCCAUACUGGCGCGACGACGCUCGCGGAUGCAUCGUCGGCAUAACUCAGUACACAAAGAAAGCUCACAUAGCUCGUGCAACGUUGGAAGCUUCCUGUUUCCAGACUCGUGCAAUUAUAGACGCGAUGAACUCGGAGUCUGGUGUACCGUUAGCUUCGCUAAAAGUUGACGGGGGACUGAGUAAUUCCGACAUAUGUAUGCAAAUUCAGGCGGAUAUUCUUGGUAUUGAGGUUAAUCGUCCAGCAAUGCGCGAGACAACUGCGUUGGGAGCUGCGAUUGCGGCCGGGUAUGCAGUGGGUGUUUGGAAGUCGUUGGACGAAUUGAAGAAAAUUAAUGCCCAGGGUCAUACGUUGUUUGUGCCAAAAGUUUCCGUGGAAAAUCGUGAAGCGAGGUAUAAGCAAUGGCAAAAAGCUGUUGAAAAAAGUUUGGAUUGGGUGUAA